CUGCCUUUUGUCAAUCGGUUGAAUCCUGGUAGAUGGAUGCAACUGUAUUGUAUUGCCGGUGGUUAUUCUAAGGUUGUUUUGCUUUACUUCAUUCCUCCUUCUCUUUCUCUGCCUUCUAGCAUGCACUUAAUUCAGGUGGACUCUGUUCAGCGAUGGAUGGAAGAUUUGAAGUUGAUGACAGACUGUGAAUGUAUGUGUAUUCUCCAGUCCAAGCCAAUCAGCAUUGAGAAGGAUGAACAAAAUGAACUUAUCCUUUCUUCACAAUAUAGCACGUGUGAUAACUUACAGCUGCUAUUAAAAAGAGCUUGGAUCAUAAGCACAGAGUUGACCAGGAUUGCUCAAAAGCUGGAGAAGAAUAGAUGGCAGAGAGUCCACAGCAUGACAGUAAGAGUCAACUGCCAUGUACGUUCAAUGAUAAAUGAAUACAAUAUGUUCACCAGGAAUUCUUCAGAAGAAAUGCACCAGUCUGAAAAACUUUUAAUAGACAAGUGUUCAGAAUUUACAGCAUUCACAGAAAGGUGCAUACAAACUGAAGAUGAACAGAUACUGAAGUCCAUGAAAUCUUGUAUUAAUGAAACACUCACUACUGUUGCUCAGUAUUUUGGCCAGUUAAUAGAGCUGAUUUUAACACAUGAGGCACAGAACCUGCUGAGACAAAUAGAAUUGUCAGACAGUGUGUACAUCACUGAGUCAGCGAUUAGUAGUUUAUUCAGCCUUACCCAGGAAGGUGCUCAUCUGUGCCGUAUCAUAGCUAAG